CCCGGGUUUGUGGCUUCUUUGAAACAGAGACUGCUAACAUCCUUAGGACCCUUUCAGGUUCAAUCAUCAUAGGCCCUGGGUCUCCAUGGUGUUGGGAGGUCUUCAAGAAUGUUUCAGCAGAGAGACCGUCAAUCGUGCAAGUUCCUUGAGGCUCCAUUAUGAGACCAGCUAUCUCCCUACACAUUCUAGCUCCUUACCCGCUUCUGAUUUCAGUGUUCUGGCGUUUUAGAUAAUAAGUGCACUUGGGUCGGGUCUCUAUAAAACAGCGCUAGAAGCUCCCUACAGGGUUAACAGGAUACCGGAUCCUGGCUGCAGACUGCACUCCCACAUAGGGCAUGCAGCACGAAGCCUAGUGGAAUAUGUAGUCUGCAGGCAGGUUGCGAAUACUGCAAGUUCUUUUGGGAGUUGUAGUUCUUGGACGCGGAGAGCAAGCGCUGCAGGCGGCACUGGGAGGUGUUGCCAGUACGUGGGCGGGGCCCAAAGUUCCACCUCGGCCUGGGAGUCUCCCGAGGGAGGGAACUGGAGCGUUUUCCCGCUCUGGACUGGGCUGUCAAAUAAGGGUUGAUCCCAGCUGAGUUCAGCCCAGGCCGCCACACUCGCGGAUAAUAUCUGACUCAAAGACGGCCGUAGGGCCAUGAGAAAAAAUCAGGGAAGCCUCCUUUACUGAGUCGUGCUGUGGUCUCCGAGAAGAAAGUGAAGGACGUUGCCCUGUCUCCUCCCUUUUGUUCUUUUUCCACCCCAGCUCUUGGCCUCUAAGUGGCCUUUGUACGCCAGAGUGGAACUCCAAGUCCCGGCAGGCCGCGAGGCGCGCGCACGCGUGGUGGAGAUGCUCGGCCACGCGGCAGGAGGAGGGCUGAUGAUUUGGCAUCUGAUUGGCCUCGUGUUUGAUGAGGUUUUUCUGCUGAUUGGUUGAGGUUGCUGCCGGAAAGGCCCUUGCCCGGAGAUGGAAGAGCAGAGGCGUUCUGUAGGGCUGGGUUGAAAGCCUCCGUCUAAUAGCAUCGGCCUGACCCCCAGUCCGGGGGCGGGGGGCACUAGCCAGGGGCUGUCCUCCCUUACUCUAGCCUUGCCUGUUCUUGGUUAUUAACCGAAACGCGGAGAGCGGGUCACCCUCGGGGGUCAGAGAAGGAGGAGAGUGACCGGUCCUGGGCCGUUCCUGCAUACCCGGCAACCAGAACUCCAGCCCUAGGGAGUGGGCAGGGCCUCUAGCCGCGCCUCGCUCCCUGCUUUUCAUCUCCUUCAGCGUUGUCUACUUUUCCUGCUCUCUCUCCCAGGAGACAAACGUUUGAGCCUGAGAUGGCAGCCACCCUGCUCAUGGCUGGGUCCCAGGCCCCUGUGACAUUUGAAGAUAUGGCCAUGUACCUCACUCGGGAAGAAUGGAGACCUCUGGAUCCUACACAAAGAGACCUUUACAGGGACGUGAUGCAGGAGAAUUACGGAAAUGUUGUCUCACUGGACUUUGAGAUCAGGAGCGAGAACGAAACAAACCCGAAAGAGGAGCUUAGUGAAGAUGUGGAGUUUGUGACCAUGUCCGAAGAGCCUACUGGGGAUGCUGAGAAGAACCCGGAAAGCGAAGAGGCCUUUGAAAGUGGGGACAGGUCCGAAAGACAGUGGGGAGAGCUGACCGCAGAGAAGUGGGUCAGCUACCCUCUCCAGCAGGUCACUGACCUGCUGGCCCACAAAGAAGUCCACACAGGCAUCCGCUAUCACAUAUGUUCUCAGUGUGGGAAGGCCUUCAGUCAGAUUUCAGACCUCAAUCGACACCAAAAAACGCACACGGGAGACAGACCCUACAAGUGUUACGAAUGCGGCAAGGGCUUCAGCCGCAGCUCCCACCUUAUCCAGCAUCAGAGAACACACACGGGCGAGCGGCCCUACGACUGCAACGAGUGCGGGAAGAGCUUUGGAAGGAGCUCUCACCUCAUUCAGCACCAGACGAUCCACACCGGGGAGAAGCCCCACAAGUGUAACGAGUGUGGGAAGAGCUUCUGCCGGCUCUCCCACCUCAUCCAGCACCAGCGGACCCACAGCGGGGAGAAGCCCUACGAGUGCGAGGAAUGCGGGAAGAGCUUCAGCCGGAGCUCGCACCUGGCUCAGCACCAGAGGACGCACACGGGUGAGAAGCCUUACGAGUGUAACGAGUGCGGACGGGGCUUCAGCGAGCGCUCCGACCUCAUCAAGCACUACCGCGUGCACACGGGCGAGAGGCCCUACAAGUGUGAGGAGUGCGGGAAGAACUUCAGUCAGAACUCGGACCUGGUGCGGCACCGCAGGGCCCACACCGGGGAAAAGCCGUACCACUGCAACGAGUGCGGGGAGAACUUCAGCCGCAUCUCGCACUUGGUCCAGCACCAGCGGACGCACACGGGAGAGAAGCCCUACGAGUGCACGGCCUGUGGGAAAAGCUUCAGCCGCAGCUCCCAUCUGAUCACACACCAGAAAAUUCACACCGGGGAGAAGCCCUAUGAGUGUAACGAGUGCUGGCGAAGCUUCGGGGAGAGGUCAGAUCUGAUUAAGCACCAGAGGACUCACACGGGAGAAAAGCCCUACGAGUGUGUGCAGUGUGGAAAGGGGUUUACGCAAAGCUCCAACCUCAUCACCCAUCAAAGAGUUCACACGGGAGAGAAGCCUUACGAAUGUACCGAGUGUGACAAGAGUUUCAGCCGGAGCUCAACGAAGUGGGAGGAGCUUCGGCCACGCAAGGCCUGCAGCCCCGCAGCCUCGCCACUACUAGGGGCUCCCACCAACAGACCCCUUUGUGUGCAUGCCCCCGCCCCGGAGGCGCCUCAGCCAGUGGCGCUGAGAACCCUCAUUGGCUCAGCCCGACGGCCACGCCGAUUGGCUAGCGGAGCCACCGGCAUAGGGGCCACUCUCCCUCUUUCUUAUUGGCCCGCUGAACUGCCCGUCACGCAACCUCCCGAGCUGAUUGCUCGGCCGCACGGAGUCCCUGGAAGCAGUUCCGGGAAACCCCGCGUGCUGCCGGGAUCGCGUCUCGGUCCAUGA